UACAACAUUGUAAAAAAGUGCAUAAAGCAAAAUGCAGUUUAAUUAAAACAAGUAAAACUGAUAAAUACAUAUUAAAAUAUUGAAUUAAGUGCUGUAAAAUGUCCCAAGUGACGUCGUCGACGACGCAAAGUGCCGCUGCCGCCCAAGCGGGCAGCAGACGUGUGCCCAACAACGAUGCAGGCGUCUGCGUGGGUGUCGGUGGCGUUGGCUAUGGUGAAACCGAAUGGGAGGCGCGCGAGUCGCAGCGCCAACGGGAAUUGCACGAAGCGCGCGCGAGAGCCGCCCAAAUGGAAAAGACAAUGAAGUGGUGGUCCGAUUGCACUGCCAACUGGCGCGAAAAAUGGAGUAAGGUGCGCAACGAACGCAAUAAAGCGCGAGAGGAAUCCAAACAGUUGAAUCUUAAACUGGACGUAGCCAUGAAGGAGGCACAUUCACUAAAGCGUGAGAAAAAUGAUCUGGAGGUGCAGAUUACACAGUUGAAGAAGGAAAUGGAAAAAGUACAUUCCCUGAUGAUGAAACAUGCUGGACAAUUCAAUCGCACCGACACAAACGAGGACGCCGAGGCGAAUGGACGUGAUGCCAAUUGUUCGCCAGAUAUAUCAUCAGAUGGCUUAAAAAACGUGAACAGUGAGGAUGGUUUGGUCACCAAGCUGCCCAACGAUGUCAAGGAUCUGGAUAUUGAGGAAUUUGCGUUGAAGGGCGCUAUGCCCAAGCAUUUGAGCGACUUGGAAGCUGCUGCCGCUGAGGAAAAACGCCUAAUACAACAGCUGUCCAAAGACGACUUCGACGAAGAUUAUUUGCUGCAAAAGAUAUCCAUGCUGCAGCUGCGGUUAGAUGAGGCGCAAAAAACGCUGCAGGCAGAGCGAGAUGAAAAGCACGAGCUGCACAAGAGCAUAGAGAAACUGGCGCUGGAACUGCAGGAUGUGCGUGGACGACAGGAUGAGUUGCGCUCUGCAAAGCAAGAAGCGGUGCGUGAGCUUCUAACAUUGCAGGAACAACAUCGCGCCGAGAUGCGCAUUGUGAACAACUCAUUGCAAGAGGAAAUUGCUGCACGCGAGAAUCUGGAACGUCGACUCAGCGAGCUGCGCACAGAGCUCGAGCAUUUGCAGGCUGAAAACGCAUCGGAGUGGGGUAAGCGCGAGCGCUUGGAAUCCGAAAAGCUGGCGCUGGAGCGGGAUAAUAAAAAACUGCGCGCCGAACUGCGUGAUUAUCAGGAGCGCUCGGAUCGCAAAUGCCGACCCAUGCAGGCCAACGACGUAGAGUUACGAGCGCUGCAGCAGGAGCUUUCGGAGCGCAACAAGGAAAUCAGCGAGGUCAAAAUGUCGCAUGCCAAAUUAAAGAAGUUACUCGCCGAGACCAACACGGAACUGGGGCAUGCGGUGCGACGUGCGGAGCAAUAUGAAGCGGAGGUAAAGCGUCUACGGCAGCGCGUUGAGGAGCUGAAACGCGAACUGGCCGGCGCCGAGGAUGAGCUGGACUCGGCCGUUAACCAAGUGCGGCGGCUGCAGCGCAGCAACGACGAGCUGGUGGGCCAGACGGAGGGUCUGCAGGUGCAGAUACAACAUUUGCAGAACAGACGCGCACCAAGUCCCCAGCUGCGUGGCAUGGGCGGCGUUCAGUUGCGCAACAAAAUUGCCGUGGAGCUGCCCAGCGAGUGUUUGCCAAAUAUAAACGAUCUGCGCCAGAUCUUUGAUGACACCCAGGCGGGCCUGCGCAGCUCGCACAAUGGCUGCGAUACAGCGGCAGCAGCGGCUCAUCAUGCCGCCGCCGUGAAGCGCUCCAGCCACACGGAGCGUACUCUGUUGCAGCAACAGCAAAGCAAUGCAGCAGCUGCUGCAGCGGCAACAGCAGCAGCAGCAGCAGCGGCGGCUGCGGGUUUUUACGAUGCCAAGACAACACAUUUCGAGGAAAACAUCUUCGAGGCCAAAUCGCGCAACUUGGAAUUUGAGCGUGCCAAGCAAAAGUUCGAUAAUCCACAUGGACAGCAUCAUCAUCAUCAGCAGCAGCAGCAUCAUCUGAGGCAACAGCAGCGCAGCGCAGCGGGACGUUACAACAGCGCCGGCAGCAACUGCGGCAGCGGCAGCGGCAGCGGGGGCAAUCGCGCGAAUCUCGCCCUGCCACUGAAAUGCAUGACCAACAGUGGCGCCACAUCCAACAAGGAUAUGGACAUCAAUAGGCAGCUGUACGAGCCGCACGACAAGGAACAGACGCAUGCGGGCUAUGCGCGCAAUAGUAUUAAUUUAGAUGGUCUCAAGGUAUCCGACGAUGAGACUCCGUAGCUAUGGCUCGACAAGUUUACUGCUGGACGAUGAAACUGAGGGAAAUAGCGAUUGAGCUGGAGAUAUAUAAAUAGGGAAACAAAUAAUUCGAUAUAGUUCGCUGGCAGUUUGUGGUAUUACCUAUUUAUUCAUAAUUCAUAAAUUAAGUUUAAAGAUGCGUUUAUGAUAGCUUAAUUUGUCUUAAAAUAUUCUGCAAACAUUUUUAUUAAACUUCAUUUUCAAAUUAGUUCUUCCA